GUUUGUAUUGUUACUUCCGUAGCCUGUAAGCUAACGCGACAGGAAGUCGCCUCAGUGAAACCUGCCCUCGGUGUCAUUCACCUUCAUAUUAAACAGAUAUCUGUAAAAUGUCGGCUCCGCUGCUCCUCAGGGCUUUCAUCAACGAUCGGCUGACUGCUGCUGCAGAGGAAAUAUUUCAGGUGUUUGAGCGAACAAUAGAAAGAUAUGAAGAAGAAGCGUCCAGCUCCAAACAGGAGAUUGAGCGGCUCAGAGGUCUGCUGCUCGACUUUGUGUCAAACAACAAGACAGACUUUUCCCAGUCAUCCAUCUCUAAAGAGGAAACUCCCCCUGAGCAGCAACACUGUGAGCAGCAGCUGAGUGACUGUCAGAGCGACCCAGAGCCUCGACACAUUAAAGAGGAGGAUGAUGAAGUCUGGACCAGUCAGCAACAAGAAGAAGAACAUGGGGUUCAUGAGUUCAAGGACGCCGAUGUCUCGUACCUACCUCAUUCUUCUGUCUGGGAGGAGAACGAGCAGAUGGACACAAAGCCGCCUUUGCAACCUCAGACUCAAAACAGUGAAAGUGAGGAGCAGUUUCAGGAGGAAACUAAACCUGUACAGUUCAUGCUGCCUCUCGCCUCAACUCCGUCUUCACAAACUCUGAUUCACAGUGAAAGGGUCCGAGACGGUACGGAAAACGAGAGACCUGCUGCAAGGUUAUUGUCAAACCAAACACAGACAGAACAAAGUCAGAGUUCCUUUAUCACUUCCCGAGAAUCCACUGAGUUGUCUCAUUUAAAUUCAGUUGGACCUGACUAUCGUUGCUGUUUGUGUGAUAAAUUUUUUACGUCCAGUCAAUUCUUGACAAAUCAUGCUUUUCGCAUGCAUACAAAGGACGCAGACGUCCUCUGUGCGGUGUGCGGAAAGAAUCUGGAGUCCACCGAAAGCCUUAACAUUCACCUUAAAUCACACAAGGGCUCAAAGUGUUGUCACGUGUGUGGCAAACUCUGCAACAGCACCACCGCUCUGACUGAACACAUGGCCGGCCACGCUGGGGUGAAACUGCAUCGCUGUCACAUUUGUGGGAAGGAGUGUAGCCGCAAAGGAGAUUUAAAGAUACACAUGAGGAUCCACACGGGGGAGAAGCCUUUCUGCUGCUCCUUCUGUCAUAAAAGUUUCACUCACAGCGGACAUCUGAGGAAGCACAUGAGAAGCCACACAGGAGAGAGGCCGCACCGCUGUGACAUCUGCGGCAGAGGGUUUCUACAGAGUGCACACCUGAAAUACCACUUAGGAACACACACUCAGAAAUAUUAACAUUUUCAUCCACCUGGGCCCGUGUUUAUCAAAAAGUAAGAUGUAAGAGCAGCUCUCAGGUGAUUAAAGCUCAGGUAGGCAGGGAACACUAGAUGUCUGCACCUCCUCUUGGCUCUGUUUCAGGCCUUAGAAAAUCUAGUGACAGGACACUUUUGGCACUAGAUUAACUGACACUAAAGUAAAUACCUGGUUUGUUUUAACUACAGGAUGCACUGAUUUGGUUGAUUUAUUUAAAUGUGAGAUGUAAAAUCACCCACAAGGUUGCUCUGGUCCGUCACGUUUCCUCUCUUACUAUGAGGUUUUUAUUCUUAUAAUUUUUAAACAGAUUGUUUGCAUUUUUUGUUUUACACAUUCCUAUGUAGGUUUUGAGAGCUGCACAGGCUCACAGGACGGCGAUUCUCACAGAAUAGCUGCUGUAUAAAACGAUUGGAUCACUUUCAUAAUCACGAUCAGCACGAUUUGAAUCUAAUCAAAAUGAGUGAUUAGUAUUCGCAAAGGUUACUGCAUGGAGCGUGUGCAUGUGCCCGUGCUCGUAUGGUGGAAGGGGGUUAGGACAGAGAGGAGAGAGCUGCAGGAGGAGGGUGUAUUUUCAAAUUCUGUUUGUUCUUGUUGUUGCUUUUCUAGAAACUGCCCACCCCAACUUUUAUCACAGCGUUUACGGAGAGAUAUGUUUUAAAUUUAAAAGAAGAAAUCUUUAAAAAUGGCUGAAAUGGCAACAACCAAAACCAAACCGGAGCAGGAAACAAAUCCUGCAGCCGGUUUUUGCGACUAAAGUCUACAAAUAAGAGUAAAAGCCAAGUAUUUUUUACUUUAAUCUGUCACCUAAGUACAAACCUUCACCUCAGCAGUUUGAUAAAUACGAGUCCAGAGGUUUACGGUGUGUUUGCCUUCACCGUUGACAUGACCUGUGUUCUGAUGGGAACUCAUUACUCAUCAACAACUAACAGAAAGAGUCACUAUUUCUGAGUAAUAACACUAAUGUUCACAUCAAGAAAAUAAACUGUCUUUAUCAUUAUUAUAAUUCAUUUUAAUGUAACUUAAUUUGAAUGUUAAAUCUGUGUGUUAAAUCUGUUUCGUUGUUUUAGCUCAGACUUUCUGUGCACAAUAAAACCAGGUUAGUAAAAGAAGAACCAACUGGAGCUCUUUUCUAUUCUGUGUUAAUUUAACAGGUCAGUAAUGUGCAUAUAAUAAUUUCUGAAGGAGUUAAGGAGUGGAUUGUUACAGUAAUAUGAGAAACUAUUUAUGUAUUAGCUUUAAUAUCCACCAGUUCUUUAUUUUAGCUAACGUGUGCU